AUGAGAGCCGCCUUCUUCUACCACCCCUUCUACGUUCUCUUACCACCUGCCAAACCUCCUCUGGACAUCGUUGGGACACAAAUCUUCAUUCCUCAGGGAAAUCCUGAUCAGUUCUUCCACACGUCUCUAAAAGAAGCCAUGGGAGCCUGUCACUUUCAGGGUCUGCUGCUGCUGUUUCUUGUAGGAGCCUCGACCUUGAUCAUGGCACAGAAAUUGUUUUGUCAAAAGGGUACAUUCACGGGUAUCCAAGAGGAUCCAGCAAACACGUUCAACUGGACCUCAGAGAAAGUUGAAGCUUGUGACAAUGGGGUAUUGUGCCAGGAAACCAUCCUGCUGGUCAAAACUGCAGGGACCAAGACAGCGAUUUUGGCCACUAAGAGCUGCAGCUUGGAUGGGACACCGGCAAUAACGUAUAUCAGGCACGCUGCAGACCCCGGCCUAGUUGCAAUCUCCUACAGUAAUUACUGCGAGGAUCCCUUUUGCAAUAACAGAGAGGGAUUAUAUGAUAUAUGGAAUAUACAAGAGACCAAAGAAGAAACCAAAGGGACAACAGGCCUCCGCUGCCCAACCUGUCUGGCUGUGGGGUCCUGUUUGAAUGCUCCUUCUCUGGCCUGCCCCAACGAUACAGAUCGAUGCUAUCAGGGGAAACUCCAGAUCUCUGAAGGAAAUGUCAACUCACUUUUGGAGGUCAAAGGCUGUACAUCGAUCAUUGGUUGCAGGCUGAUGUCUGGGGUCUUUAAAAUAGGACCUCUGUGGGUGAAGGAAACUUGCCCCUUCAUGUCCAUUUCGACCCGAAAGAUUGACAGUGGGGCCACGUGGCUUCACACUUCAGUUUGGAAGUUAAAGCUACUGCUGAUGCUGUUACUGCUUGUCCUUGGAGGGAGUGCUUCUGGUCCCUAA